AUGACGCUCCCAACGUAUAACGUCUUCCGGCCCUUUGCCAUCUUUGCCGGUGUGUUUAGCAUUAUCCAAUCGCUCAUAUGGAUCGGAUUUGCGAUUACCGGCAUCAUCGCCUAUUACUGCGAUAUCGACUUUUCCAGUCAAACGGAUACGAUGGGAUCGCUGCUAACGUUGACAUUCUUUAACGUGUAUUUCCGCGGUACUUGCGAACAGGUCGACAUUCCACCGAUUGAUAUGACACUGGUAGACCCGUUAAAUCUGAUGCCACCGGGAGAUGUGCAUGCGUUCGUGUGGGUCUAUCUAAUCAUACAUCUGUUCUGGGGCAUCAGCUCACUGACGCUGCUCACAAAUGCGCGUCAAAAGUAUGUGCGAUAUAUUAACGUGUUCCUGUACAUAUGGAUCAUCAUUACCAUGAUCAUCAGUGUUCUGGAUCUGGCGUUAGGCAUACUAUUCGCCAUCGAUUACGAUACGAUACUGCACGCACUGUACGAGUAUCCCUUCGGAGAGGGACAGGUGCUACCCGCAGUGCAGGUGCUCGCUACCGCAGUCCACGUUUCCGGCAUUAUGAUGGUGAUGGCGUUCCGUGGUUGGGUCUUCUGGAUUGUUAAUGUUUCGCUGGCGAUCUUCAUGUUUACGCAAACGUUUAAGAUAUACGACUACAACCAGAUGCGCCACAAGCAAAGCAGCGGCACGGCGAAUGGAGGUUACGUACCGGAGGGUGAUACGAUGCGACGUCCACCUAUCGAUGCUUACGAUAUGAAUCAACCACGGUCACAAACGUUUGCACAACCUGUCACCACCGCCGAGUACCGUAGACCGCUGGAACGCAUCAGCGAAAGUCCAAUUGCGGUUGAAUCGCCCGUACCACCCCAACCGGACUGGAGCCAACAACGUUCGUUCGAGCCGAAACCAACCGUGGUGAUCAAUCGUACGCUGGAACCGCUGGCAAGACCACAAUCGAACGAACCGGAUGAGCGUAUGGACAAUCGGCCAAUCCCGCCACCACCACCACCAAAGAACUUCAUGAACACGGUCGUCCGGCGGGAUGUGGCCGCAGCUAAGGUGGCGCGCGAGCUCAACUAUCGUAACAGCUUUAACGUGAACAACAAUGGUAUUGCGGCGGUGAAUUUACGGCCGACCGGGUUAAACCUUACCAACCCGGGACCGCUGAACAGUGAGCCGGACCUACCGACGCCCAACUACAGUCCACCGAUGCCCCGAACGAAUCCGUUUGAAAACCGGCCACCCUUACGGUCGGUGUUGCGAAAUUCUAGAUUCCAGUAG